UCUCUCUCUCUCUCUCUUUCUUUCUUUCUUUCUUAUAAAGCCAAAGCCCUUCCCUUAUAGCGCCAUCUUUCCCAAAAAGGACGACACAUUUUUCUUCUCUAUCUCUCUCUUUCUAUUGCACGAAAGAGAGAGAUAUAACAAAAACCACACCCCAAAACAAAAACAAAAACACAAAACAAAACAAAAAACCAAAACAGAAAAAGAAGAAGAACAAGAAGAAAACAUUCCAAAGGCACAAUGUUUGAUGGGCUGUUUAAACCCAAAUUCUAUACGAAAUGCAAGUCGUUGGUCAAGAUAACCAAGACAAGAGUAGACACCGUGAAGAGAAAGAAAAACUCGGUUUGCAAAUAUCUCAAGAACGACAUUGUCGAUCUUCUCAAGAACAGCCUCGAUUACAAUGCUUAUGGCAGGGCAGAAGGGCUUAUUGAGGAGAAAAGGAGGCUGGCUUGUUAUGAAUUGUUGGAGCAGUUCUGCAACUGUGUUGCAUCCAAUGUCUCUCUCUUACAGAAAUCCAAUGGGUGCCCUGACGAGUGUCGCGAGGCCAUCUCCUCCCUUGUAUAUGCGGCCGCUAGAGUCUCUGAAGUGCCUGAGCUACGCGACCUCAGGUCUUUAUUUGCUGAGAGAUACGGGAAUACUCUUGAACAGUUUGUGAAUCCUGAGUUUGUAGAGAGAUUCAAAGCAGAGCCACCGUCAAAGGAAAUGAAAGUGGAGCUGCUGAGGGAAAUAGCCAGAGAACACUCCAUUAAAUGGGAUGCCAAGUCUUUAGAGCAGAGGUUGUACACUGCAGCAACACCUCCUCACAUGGAAACUGAACAAGCAAACCCAAAGAGCAACGACACAAGAACAAGCACGGAAAACAGAAUCAGCCUUUCCUCUUUCGAUGACACCAACAAGUCCAUGAGUACAAGCGAAGAAGACUCAAUGAGUACAAGCGGGAGUUGUGUAACUGGCCCUGAGGAGGAUCAAGAAACGAAACCAUUCUACUACAGAUUCAUCAUGCCGCCUGCCCCUUACAAAAUAGAAAAACAGGAAAGCCUUCCGGAGAAGAUGACCAAAUCUGACCUCAUGGCCGAGGACAAUGAUUCACCGAGAGGCGGUAAACCGAAGCCGAGAUCAGUGAGACGAAGAUUCGCAAACCCGCCCCCAGAAGCAGAUGAGGAAGCAUUGAAGCAGAGCAAGAACAUGAGAUCAGAGUCGAUGGAGAAAGCAAGCGGAGAUGGGAUAAGAAGGAUGAGUCGUCGAACAGCCUCGUGGCAGCUUAAGCAUUCCUCCAGUGUCCCAGAUUUUGAUGAGGUCGCCGCCCGCGUCGAUGCUCUCUCACGAAAUUGAUUUUGAUGAGGUCGCAGUCGCACGCAGCCUCAGCACUUCUUAUUAGUGAAUUAUUAGAGAAGAAAAAAUAUUAAAAUGUUUUUUUUUUGCUGCCGUCGUCAUUCGUCAGU